AUGUCUCUCCCAACAGUCUAUGUCGUCGCCGCUACAGGCACCCAAGGCUCAGCAGUAUGUCGCCACCUCCGCCAAUCAAACUGGUCCGUCAGCGCUACAGUGCGAAACACCGAGUCUCCCCAAGCCCAAGCGCUCGCUAAGAUCGGCGUCGUCUUGAACUCUGGCGAUUGGGACGAUGAAGAAGCACUCACUGCCGGCUUGACAGGCUGCAACAAAUUAUUCCUCGCUCUUGGACCCAACUAUAGCAAUCUGGAUGAUGAGCGCAUCUGGGCUCAAAGGAUCAUCGCACUGGCUAAGAAGGCGGGCGUUGAGCAUAUCGUGUACUCGAGCUCAAUCAGCGCUGAUGCUCCCGAGAGGCGCACGCUUCUUCCUCCGAGUCACCUGAUCUUCAAGACGCUUUUUGUCAAGAAUGUCAUUGAAGGGCUUGUUAAGCGAGCUGGAUUCGAGCACUGGACUAUCAUCCGUCCCGGAUUCUUCAUGUCCAACCUUCUCGCCCCCAAAGCUCGUAUCUACAGUGACUUAUUCGAGAAUAACAUCUGGUUGACCGCCUUGAAGCCCGACACCAAGCUCAACCUCGUGGACCCGCAAGACAUCGCCAAAUUCACCUUGGCCGCUUUCAACAACCCUGAAAAAUUUAAUGGGGAAGAAAUUGACCUUGUCAGUGAGAGGUUGACGGCCGUGCAGAUGAUGCAGUGUCUGGCUCAUGCCACUGGGCGAGAGAUGAAGGCCCAGUUCUACGCCGAUGAGCAAGUGGCCCAGGCUAUGGAUACCAACCCCUUCAUUGGAUCGCAGGUUUUUCUGAGGGAUGGUGAGAAAUGCGUUGAUGCUGAGAGGGUCAAGACUUGGGGAAUUGGGUUGGGUAGCUUCAAGGAGUUCUUGGUCCGCGAGAAGGAUGCUGUGGCUGAGACAUAUGCCUCGUAG